CAUUAAAAUUCGUAUAUCCAUAUAAAAGACCAGAUUUUAUUUAGAUUGCGCAUUUUUAUUCGUAGUUCGCGAUAGUUACAAGUGCGGUGAAAUUUGUACAAUGGCUCCGACACCGCAGGAGAUACCCCAAGUGGAUAUCGAGGAGACAGAGCGCGUGAGCGGUGAUGAUCGUGAUGGGAAACGCGUUGUCAUCUCCGGGAUUUCGGGCACCUAUCCGCGUUCGCUCCAUAUCAAGGAACUCUCUGACAUCCUCUACAAUAAGGUGGACCCCAUAGCGGAUGGUAAACCGCGCUGGAACUACGACCACCCAGAAAUUCCGAAGCAUGUGGGCUUAAUUCCUGGUCUGGAUCUGUUUGAUGGCCAGUUCUUCCGAGUGGCCUACCGCAUGGGGAUCAACAUGGACCCCAUGUCGCGGAAACUGCUCGAACAAGUCUACCAAGCCAUAUACGAUGCAGGUGUAAACCCAGAGCAUCUGUCCGGGAAGAAAGUCGGCGUUUACGUGGGAACAUGUUUGUCAGAAACUGAAAAAGUCGUUUUUUACAGCGGCUUUGAAGGAAAGACGGGUUUAGGUAUAGCUGGGUAAGUACAUAUGUUUUUUUAAACUUUUAUCUAAAUUUAUACUUAUAUAAUUUUCAAUCGCAUGCAUUACCAAAUAAAACCGGCCAAAGGCAUGUCGGGCUAUGCGUAGUGUUGUAGGGUUACGUAGUAACCCAACCGUCCUAGCUUAGCAGAGCCAGUUUUUAUCCAAUCUCGGCCACUGUAAGGCUUGGUCCCUUUUUCUUUGGUGUAUGAUUAUACUAUUUCAAUCAGUAAUGGCUAAAGCGGCCAAAAACUUAAACUUCAGAUGUACACCUUAUCAAAAAGCUUACUAAAAGACUGGUCGACUUCACUGGUGACCAAAGAACUGGCAGCUUCCUCUCGCAACGUAUUAGUGUCGCAAUACAGCGGGGAAAUCUUGCCAGCAUCAUCCGGCCAAAUUUUUUAGAAGUAUAGUAAACACCCUAUAAUGCAGUGGCACCAGCAAUGGGACGUAGAAAAGUCCUUUAAAAUAAUCCUUAAUCCUUUUAUCAUCAGUUUUUAAACACUUACAACAUUUUCCCAUAAACAGGCGCCAUAAAGAUCCUUAAGUUUUAUUUUUUACUGAUUCAUU